UUUCGACUGUAUCUACUGUGCGGGUGGAUUUACAUAAAAGACGAACUUAUAAGAAACUUUUCGUCAGUGUCUUUGAGUGUGGCUGACGGUUCUUUGAAAAUAUAAUUCAAAAUGGAGGAUGACGAGCAAAAGAUGGCCAUCAUGCGUAAAGCAUUUCAAAUGUUCGACACCCAAAAGAGUGGUUUCAUUGAAACCAUUAAAAUUGCCACCAUUUUGAGUACAAUGGGUCAAAUGUUCGAUGAGGAGGAACUACGUGAACUGAUCACCACAGAAGAUCCCGAAGAUGUUGGAAAAAUCAACUUUGACAGUUUCUGCAACAUUUUCGGUCACUUCUUAGAGGAAGAGGAUGCUGACGCUAUGCAACAGGAACUGAAGGAAGCUUUCCGUCUUUACGAUCGUGAAGGAAACGGUUACAUUACCACAAGCACAUUGAAGGAAAUUUUGGCUGCUCUUGAUGAUAAGUUGUCGAGUGCUGAUUUGGACGGUAUCAUUGCUGAAAUUGAUACUGAUGGAUCAGGAACUGUUGAUUUCGAUGAAUUCAUGGAGAUGAUGACUGGUGAUUAAACGUGCUUACGAACCCAUCUUUCUACGUUAUUUAUUCUUCCUCCUAAAUUCGUAA